AUGAAAAAGGAAUGGAUUUUAAAUGAGGAACAGCUGAGGCGGCGAAAAAAUUCCCGUUUAAAUCACCUCCAGCAACAACAGCAGCAACAGCAACCGCAAAACCGAGGUACAUCAAAUAGCAGCGGAAGAAGCUCAGGCGGAGGUGACGGAGGAGGUCCAGCAACCAGCAGUACUGGAGCUAGCAAACUCGCAACGCCAAUGAGUAUAACUACCUCGAGUCAGCCGAGCACUGCAGCAACCGCGAUCACACCACGUAUUUCUCCAUCUAUUUGUUAUGCAUUUUGUGCUGUGUAA